UGUAAAUUUGCAUAAAUGAAUUGUCUAUUGUAAAGAUUAGUACUUUUCUACCAAUGAAAUAUCGAGCUGAAGCGCUGAGGGUAUUACUAAAUUGGGUGGCUGUGCAGUGAGAGUAAUUAGUCCACCAAAAUCGUUAACAAAUUCGUUGUGAUCGUAAACUGAAGGCAGGUUAUAGUCAUCCGUGGCGGCACUCCUGCGCGUCGCGCCAAAUAUUGUCACGCCGCCAAUGUCUGCCUCCAGCAUAUUCUGCAUGAUCUCCUGCAAAAUUGGGCCUACCCUGCUGUUCUUGGGCUUGCGUCUCUACGCUCUGAAAAGACAAUCCAUCCUUGUCGUCUACAAGUCGAUUCUGAACUCGACGGAUUAUCUGGUCGUUGAGUGGUGUCUUUCGCCUGCUGCAAGUCUUGGCUUGCGUACUAUUGACCACUCGCUUUGCGUAAAUACCACCGACCAAAGUAAUCCAAUUGAGAUCAUUCUCUUUGGGGCUUUCCGUAGGAAAGUCAAUGCCAGGUUUAAGACAGAAGCAUUGCCUCUAUUUUUAAAUAUCUGAACUUUGCGACCAGCGUUAUCGGGAGAGGUUAUUAUACCAGAGUAUAAAAGUUGCGUUGAGACUCAAAAUUGCACAGGCCAUCUACGCUUUCGUAUAUAUGCGAGUGACUGUAAAUUCCCGCUAGAUACUGUGAGCCGGCUAUAAUUCUGUAUACAACUCUUAGGGUACUUGACAGAGAGAGAGCGUUUUGUUGGCCUGGCCGACCAGAUCAGCAUUGCAUAAAAGCCGUUUUUGUUAGCAUCAUACAACUCCGAAAAUGACGUGCACAUGCCGUCGUCGUAAGCUAAAUAUGUUAUUGCAGCUGGGAUGCUCCAUAUUUUGUUUUCAAAAUCGUUGAACAAGCUCCGAAUGUAGAUAAGGGUUUCCUGAUAAUCACUCCGG